AAAUCUCAAUUUCAUUAUCCAUUCUCUGAGCUUCAACCUCUUCAGCAGAAUCUUCAGUUCAGAGCAACCAAGGCAACUCCUGAGAUGGCUUCAGCUUCUGUUCCAGUGGCUUUGUCUCUGACCUCUGUCACGCACACCAAGCCUUCAUCCCAAGCCUUCUUCAAGCCACUGCCAAAGAGGACCCUCUCAAAAAAGCCACCGUCAAAAUCCAACCUUCAAAUUAAUGCAUCUUUGAAGGAGAAGGCAGUGACAGGACUCACAGCCGCCACCGUCACAGCCUCCAUGGUGAUCCCGGAGGUGGCUAAUGCUGCUGCAUCCGAUUUCUCUCCUUCUCUCAAGAACUUUCUACUCAGCAUCUUCGCCGGUGGAGUUGUGCUGGUAGCCAUAUUUGGAGCAGUUGUUGGUGUUGCCAACUUUGAUCCGGUGAAGAGGACUUAAACUAUGCUCUAUACUUCUUUUCAUUUCUCUGCCUUUCUCAAUCUUCUCAUUUCUUACUUUAUGUGAGUUUAUGCGACUGGUUCUGUUAUAUAUGCACACUAUAUAUCUCUUCUGCACUUUAUUUUGUACCCUCGUACUUCUUAACUUUAUAAUAUAAUAACAACUGCGUUUGAUCCGGGGUUCAA